CCCAAUUCAAAACCCUAGAAAUCAAUUUCGCAGCUGAUGAGAUUUUUCCGAUUCCUCUCAAGAAUUCGUGACAACAAUCGGAGCACAAGAUGAUAAAAACACCUGGGAUCAUAUGCAGUUCAUCAAUUAGCAUCCAUGAAUUCAGUCAUCAUCGACUCACUUCGCCAUUCGGGAAAUCUCGGAGCUCUUUACUCAAGGAUUCUCCGGCAAUGCUCCGAUACGAAGUGGAGAAGCUCCGUCCGGGCGGUCCACGGCCGGAUAAUCACCGACGGGCUGCAAAUCGACACCUGUUUGAGGACGAGUCUGAUCAUACGUUACUCUAAGCUACGUGAAAUGGAGAAUGCGCAGAAGCUGUUCGACAAAAUGUCUGAAAGAGACGUGGUCACUUGGACGGCAUUGAUUUCUGGAUAUUCUCGGAUUGGGGAUUACGACAAAGCUUCGAAGAUCUUCUCGGCGAUGCGCUGCCAUGGCGUGAAAGCGAAUCAGUACACUUACGGGAUCGCGUUGUAUGUCUGCACUCAGUUGCAGUGUCUUCAAUGGGGGAAGCAGAUCCAUGGCUUUGUUUGGAAGACUAGGUUUGUAAACAAUGUGUAUGUCCAGAGUGCAUUGGUGGAUUUGUAUUCGAAAUGCGGGACGACGAUGGACGACGCUCGCCAAGUUUUCGAUUCGAUGGAGACGAGGGAUUUAGUUUCUUGGAAUUCGAUGAUUGGAGGAUUCGCCGAACAAGGGCUAAGCGCCGCCGCCGCUUCAAUUUUCCGGCGAAUGCUGAUCGACGGAAUUUUGCCCGACACCUUCACCUUCGGAAGCUUGCUAAAAUCCGCCGUCAGAAAAAACGGGAUCGGGAUUGCCGAAGUUAGAAUCGUUCAUGGAUUGAUUAUCCAUUUCGGGUUCGGAUCGAACAGAUUUCUAACAGCAUCUUUAGUCGAUGCUUACGUAAAAAAUCGAAGCACAUCAUGCGCGAAUCGGGUUUACGACGGUGCUCCGGAAAAAGACGUCGUAGCAUGCACGGCAUUGAUCAAAGCGACGAAUUACGCCACGGCGCUUCGUUAUUUUAAGGAAAUUCAAAACUCCGCGGCGAUCGACGGGAUGCUACUAUGUUCGAUGCUCGACAAAUGCGCGAAAACAGCGUCGCUGAGUCUCGGAAAGUCGCUGCAUUCUCACGCCGUGAAAUCUCAAAACCGACGCGAAGACGUUGCGAUAGGCAAUGCCCUAAUCAACAUGUACUCGAAAUCGGGCGCAAUCGAAUGCGCACGGCGCGCCUUCGACGAAAUGGAUAAAAAAAAUGUCGUUUCAUGGACGUCGUUGAUCGAUAGCUACGGGAAGCACGGGCGUGCGAUCGAAGCGAUCGCGUUGUAUGCGAAGAUGGACGAUGAGGGGCUAAAGCCAAACGACGUAACGUUUGUGUCUCUUCUCUUCGCGUGUAGCCACACCGGAUUGACUGCGGAGGGGUUCGAAUGCUUCCGCGAUAUGAUCGAAAAACACAAGAUUUCGCCGAGGAUCGAGCAUUAUUCGUGUUUGGUGGAUCUCGUUGCGCGCCGCGGUUGCUUGGAAGAGGCGUACGAUUUGAUGCGCCGAGUGUUGAGCGAUGUCGACGCGCAAAUGUUGGGAGCAAUGCUCGGGGCGUGUCGAAGCCGUGGAAAUACGAAUUUCGGAUGGAUAGGCGCGGAGCGGAUUGCUGCCGGGUAAUCCGUACCACGGCGCGGUUUUGUCCGUUGGUUGCGCUCCGCCUGGUUCGCCGAAUAUUCAUUUGUUCACUAUUUCUAUUUGUUCAAUUACAAAAUAACUCUUACAUUAAAUACUCUGUUUAUUUUUUUUUUAUUUUUUAUUUUUACAAAUACUUUUGUUUUAUUAUCAUAUUAUUACUUUUAUCCCAAAAGACAAAAGUAAAAUUAUUAUU